GACAUCAAUGCAAGCCUGAAGAGGAAAAACAAUUCCUUCCACCUAAGCCAUGGCUUAUCAGUUAUACAGAAAUACCACCUUGGGAAACAGUCUUCAAGAGAGCCUAGAUGAGCUCAUUCAGUCUCAACAGAUAACCCCCCAACUUGCUCUUCAAGUUCUCCUUCAGUUUGAUAAGGCUAUCAAUUCAGCAUUGGCUCAGAGAGUCAGGAACAGAGUCAAUUUCAGGGGCUCUUUAAAUACGUACAGAUUCUGCGAUAAUGUGUGGACUUUUGUUUUGAAUGAUGUCGAAUUCAGAGAGGUGACAGAGCUUAUUAAAGUGGAUAAAGUGAAAAUUGUAGCCUGUGAUGGUAAAAAUACUGCCUCUAAUACUACAGAAUGAACGGGUGGAAAUGGCUUUUUUAUGCUAUCCUCUGUUAUGACUCUUGGCCUUUUGAAGAGAAACUUAGAAGAGACUUUUUUAAUUUAUUCUAGCAAUGCAGAAAUUACUCCAUUGUGCUGUGCUGUCGGAGAAGUCCAGUAGAAAGCUUGUAACUUUAGCCGCUUCCAUUCACUUACUACGCAGCAUGAAGAGACCCAAUUUUUUUUAUUAACAAAUCAAAAGUUGUUACCUUCCUAUAAAUAUUCUUUAAUAAAUGAAUUUUAAGAC